GCAUGCGUCAAGGUCUAAACUUCCGGUAGGAGAAAAGAAAACGACACCUACGUUUGGGAACUUGGGAAAGCAGGGUAAUUCGAAACAAAACAAGUUAUUAGGCUGCCUUUUAGGAAGAACUGCACUCUUGAUUCGUUUGUCCAAGUGUACAGGAUGCCAGCUGCAGUUGCAGACACGAGUCAGAUCAUCUGUGAGGUCUGGGCCAGCAAUGUGGAGGAAGAAAUGAGGAAAAUCCGGCACAUCAUUCAGAGUUAUAACUACAUUGCCAUGGACACAGAGUUUCCUGGAGUGGUGGUUCGGCCCAUCGGCGAGUUUCGUAGCACGGUGGAUUACCAGUACCAACUUUUGCGCUGCAAUGUGGAUUUGCUGAAAAUUAUCCAGUUGGGACUAACGUUUAUGAAUGAAGACGGAGACUAUCCACCGGGGACGACAACGUGGCAGUUCAACUUUAAAUUCAAUUUAACAGAGGAUAUGUAUUCCCAGGACUCCAUAGACCUUCUGCAGAACUCUGGUCUUCAGUUCAAAAAGCAUGAGGAAGAAGGCAUUGAUACCCUUUACUUUGCAGAACUUUUGAUGACAUCUGGUUUAGUAUUAUGUGAAAAUGUCAAGUGGCUCUCUUUCCAUAGUGGUUAUGAUUUUGGUUACCUGGUGAAACUCCUUACCGAUGCACGGCUGCCUGAGGAAGAACACGAGUUCUUCCAGAUCCUCAACUUGUUUUUCCCUGCAAUUUAUGAUGUGAAGUAUCUAAUGAAGAGCUGCAAGAAUCUUAAGGGUGGUCUUCAGGAAGUUGCUGACCAGCUGGAACUGAAGAGAAUUGGGAGGCAACACCAAGCUGGAUCAGACUCGUUACUCACAGGAAUGGCCUUCUUUCGCAUGAAAGAGCUUUUCUUUGAAGACAACAUCGACGAUGCAAAAUAUUGUGGACGAUUGUAUGGUUUGGGGUCUGGAUCGUCUCAGAACCAGAAUGGAAUCUCCAGCGUCCCCCAAGAGGACAAACACUGACCACAUGAAUCCAGGAGCAACUGCCAGAAGAUGCACUUGUUUUAACCCUACCAGCAGCUAAGUUGGGUACAUAUUUAAGUAUUUCUUACUGGCACAAAAAUGUGAAUUUGACAGUGAAUGCCUAUACAAAGACAGUGAUAUACAUGACUGUCAUUGCUGUUUUUAUAUCUGGUGAAAUGUUUCACCAAUUAAAUUACAGUUUAUGGUACUGUCAAAUCAUUCGGUCAAGAUUAUCUUUGUAUUAGAAUAGAAAUCCAUUAAUCCAUUAAUGGGCAUGGGACCAGCACAUUUGAAUAAAAUAGCUUUUAAUUGUGUCCAAUGAACCUCACAUUUUAAAGUUGUUACAUUGCUUUAUAAUGUCCUGUUGCUCAGUUAUAGUGGGUCUGGGUGUAAUGUACUUAUUACAGAAAUGCAAAAGUGAUUGUUGGACUUAUGUUGUAGAAAUGAUUUCAAAAUAUACUGGGUAUGUGUAUUAAAAUGUAACAUUUCAGAGUCAAAUGUGUUUUACCAUUUUUCUUUUUAGGAAGGUUUUAGCAGCAGGCUUUUGAUAUAAUGGAGUACAGGAUUCAAGAAUAUAAUUUUGCUUUUUAAUUUGUUCACUGUUUUAAGCCUGUUUUAAACAGAUGCAUAUUAAAGUGUUUUUGUAUCAAAC